ACGUGCGCGGGGUUUUCCGGGUGCGACGGCUUUGCUUGAGAUGUUAGGCUAGCAGGCUAACCGAGAGUAACGCCAAAGCACAGAUACUACAGCGCUGUUAACGAACGUCAAGGGACAGCGGGCGGGAAGCUAACAUGAAAGGGGUAAACGAUUCAUUUUACUAGUAGUGGUUUUGAAAGUGAAGUCGCCGUGGUCAACAUAGUUUGAUAUAGCUAAAAAAGAAGAUGUCAACAACGCGGCCCCUCCUCGGGAUGAAGCGAAUCACCGAGGUAACCUGUACGGAGCCGCCGAGAGGCAGGCAGUCCCCGACCACCAGCAGAACGCAGGCAGAGCCGCUCACCGUAGACGAGUUCACGGUGCAUGAAGACAAGCAGGCAGAGCUCCGAUGCUGCAAACCGAAGGUCGAACAGGUUUUCCAAGUGACGUUCACGAUUAUUGGGCUCUUGGAUCACACUGGAGCCCACGGAAGUAAGGCUUCCAGACAGAUCUGGCUCCAGCUGAAGGGGAAAAAGGAAGAUGUGUUUAAAGCGAAGGAGUAUGUGAAAGGCCUGUGUGACCCAGAACUUCGAAAAGAAGAAUGGUACCCAGUGGACAUGCACUGCAUUUUCGCUGGUGCUCGUGGACUCUUUUUGGACAGGCUGCUUAGAGACACAAGUGCAGAGGUACAAGUUCUGGAGCCGGGCCGCCUGAGGUUAAGUGGGUGCGCGGAGGCCGUCGUCAUGGCUCAAAGUCGCGUUCAACAGUUUGUUGCCCUCUUUCAGGAGAAGCGAAGCUUGCCAGCUGACAGGGAGCCCUUGGUUAAGCGCACUUUUAAGACUUUCGUGGAGGACCGGGCUGAUAAAUAUGCGAUGGAGCUGCUGUUGCUGCCCAGUGCCCUCAAAGAGGAACUUUUGGGCUUGGCCCAAAGCCCCACACAACCUAUAGUUAUCAUAGACAUUGAGCAGGACCGCUCUCAGACCAGCACACCCGUAACUGACCUCUCCAACCGUAUCCUGGACACCACUUUUGAGGACAAAACCUCAGGUCCUGUGACCACUCCUGACAUUAUGCCCGGUUUCAACGGUCGUUGCAACAAGCGGCGGUCCUCUGAAAGCGAGCAGAGGGACACUAAACGGCAAUAUUCGCUGGAGAGGAGAGAAGAAGAGCAGAGGGAAGAACAGCAGCUUCCGGCUGUUACGUCUGCGAAGGGGACACUAGCUGCUAGUGAAGUGACCAAUGAAAAUGAGGCUGUGAGUCCUGAGACUAACUUACGCUGUCUUGUUAACUUCUUCCGAACCAUGGGCUACCAGCAGGAGGUGGUGGAGCGGGUGGUACGAGAGACGGGGCAGACAGAGGAUACGUUUUUACUGCUGGAACGAAUUGUGGGGGAGACCCAGAAGACCCAGAGCACGCAAGGAGCCCAGAGCACCUCUUGCAAACCCGACCCUUCACCCUGCGUAAACGCCUCGUCUGCGUUCAUCUCCAACAGGCUCAAAGAGAAGGAACGGGUGCAGAUGAGAGAUCUCGCUGAGAUCAAGUGCAAAGAAAACAUUAGACCUCCUAGUACUAAUGGCAUAGGUCAGAAGAACCAGACAAGCUGCAUGCCACUGGCCUCAGCCACUCUUAAAAGAAACAAUGGCGCACAGAACGACAUAUGUGAAGUGAUCAUCAUUGACGACGAAGAUAACGACUUCAAAGAGAUAGAGAGGAAGCCCAGAAUGGCUGCACUUGAUUUGAAGUCAGAGCCCCGGUUUGAUUACCUACCCCGCGGUAGCUCUCAAACAAUGGUUCCUAUGCGAAUGGAGAAUAUGACCAAUCUCCGCAGCUCCUCUCAAGGCCCUCCUCUUCGGACCACCGACACACGACCAGGUUGCUCUUACCAGACGCUUCCUGGAAGGGCACCUUUACCUCACUCUGAGGCACAUUGCAACUCUAAACCAGCACCCCUCACCGGCAUGUCUCGUUUUCAGCAGUCCCUGAGGACCCCCUACCGACUAGUGCUACAGAACGAACCGGGCUGCCCUGAUCUGCGACACAUCAUCAUUGAUGGCAGCAAUGUGGCAAUGGCGCAUGGACUCCAUCGGAUCUUUUCUUGUCGUGGGAUUGCCAUCGCUGUAGAGGCCUUUUGGCGCAGAGGGCACAGAGAAAUCACUGUCUUUGUUCCUCAGUGGAGACAGAAGAAAGACCCCAACAUCACUGAACAAAACUUUCUGAUCCAGCUGGAGAACCUGCGUCUCCUUUCUUUUACCCCGUCUAGAGAAGUGUGUGGACAGAGAAUUUCCUCCCAUGAUGACAGGUUCCUGCUUCAUCUGGCUGAGAAGACAGGAGGGGUCAUCGUCACCAAUGACAACCUGAGGGACUUUGUGAGCCAGUCAGAUGCGUGGAGAAGGAUUAUUCAGGAGAGACUCUUGCAGUUCACCUUCGUAGAAGAUCACUUUAUGAUCCCAGAUGACCCACUCGGAAAGCAUGGACCUCACCUAGACGAGUUUCUACUUAAAAACAGUCGAGGUAGUCCCAUAAUGCCCCCCCUGAGGACAGACCCUCGGGCAAGCCCGUCAGUUUACGGCCCGUCUGCACAGACCACAGCACAUCCCUCUUCCCCUUCCCACUGGCCUCACUCCGGCCCUCCAGACUGGCACCUUCCUCGACCGUCCCCUUCUCCACCCCCGCAGCGGUCGCCCUCAGAAACCACAGAGCUCAAAAGGAAGCUGUACGACAUCUUUCCUGACCAGAAGCAGCGUAUUGACCGCAUCCUCAGUGACAACCCAUACAUGAGGGACCUGAAUGCGCUGUCUGGCCUCUUGUUGGGCUGACGCACACUUUAACACAAAUUUACAGUUUUCACUUAAUUAUUUUUAAGGAAUACCAUGAUGGAAUUGCGCUGCUACAAGCUUCUUUUUUUUCAAGGUUUGUUCAAGGGACUCUGUUCUGUCAACUAAUUUAGAUGAAGAUACGACUGCAAGCACAAUAAACCUAAGUUAUAAAUUGUUUAAACGCGAGCUUUAAAUAUACGAGUGUGGAUAGUCCGAAUGGCAUAAAUUUGAUGUAAAUAUUCACAAAGUAUAAUCUUCCUUUCCUGUAAUUAUCUAUUCAGAAAUUUCUAAUCUAAAAGGUGUUCCAGCUACACAGUUGUUUUGAACUGGUUUUGGUCAAAUUACUGCUCAAGGACAAACGUUGAUUUGCUGUUUUUGAUAUGGUUGUGCUUUCUGUUACUUCUGUUCUGUAAAUAUUGACAUUAUUGAGCCAAAUGAGUACUAGUUUCCAGUCACUCAAAGUGCCCUACUGAAGUGCCCUAUCAUCUGCUUACAGGAUAGAAUUGCUCAUUUCCUGUUCACUAAUUUUAGUUCCUGUUAACUUAGGUGAUGGUGACAAAAUGGUAUGUUGUUUCUAGGAAUCCUUGGAGACCCCCUGUAUGACCCAGGAGACUGUGAAACGGUUAAAUGGCUAAAAAUAA